UUAAUAUAAAAUGGUGUUGUAACAGGAGAAAUGAAAACGGAGGAUUUCUCAUCAUGCUGUGCAGACACAACGUUCGCUAACAAAAUGACUAUAGCCUCUCCAUUUUCUUCAUUGGAACAUGCAAUUACGGUUGCCAGAGACAUAUGGUCCCGUAAGUUGAAUGUUAGAUCUUGGUUGGAGGCUUUAUCAGGUCGAUCUUGUUCUAAUGAAUACUUGGAAAUGGCGAACGCAUCUACUGUGCAGAAACUUCAUGAAUGGGGGAUCAAGGUACGAGGAGAAAUUUGGCUAUGUUUUGUGACAUUUGUAGGUGGUAGGACAUUUGAAGACAUACUUGCUGAAUUAAAGAUGCGCUUUAAUAACUCGCAUGGUGUUGAGUUGGAGAUUGCUUCAAAAGAGGAAUUGAAGUAUAUAGAAUGUGCUAUUAGAGAGCUUCUUUCCAAGAAAUCUGUCCAAACUAUUGACAAAGGAGACGUGUCAACUGAAUAUUCAGGCGAAAUAGUUGCUGACACUCUAGAUGGAGCAGACACUGAUUCAGAAGAUGAUUUAGAUGCUAUCUCCUCCGGUGGAUAUGACAUCUCUAGGGAUGUUGAGCUUAAUAGGGUUCCAAAAAAAGACAAUAAACUUUAAAUACCCAACACAGAGAAGAUGCCGUACAUGCUGCAAAAAGAGGUUUCGAUCUGAACAAGAUGCCAUGAUUUGGAAAUGACUUAUCAGAUCCGUUAUCACGUCACUACAGCGCUUUUUUGACAAAGUAUUUUUGGCCAGAUCAAUACGAUGUUGAUGAGAAAUUUUGACUCAAAACUUGUUUGUCUAUUUUAGUAAUUCUGAUUUUUAUGCUCCAUUGAACUUUGUUUGAGUUAGUGAAUUCGGACGUUUACUUGAUUUUUAUGUUACCAGUUAUAGUUAAAUACAAACUCAAAAUGGCUGAUACU